ACACAAUUCAGUUACAUAACUUCGAUUCAUCAGAUUUACUGUGGGCAUCUGAAUGUUAAAUUAUUAAGGUAGCAGGUGUUGAGACUUAUCCAUGUCCCUGAAUACAAACUUCUCAGUACCCAGAGUGGCACCAGGCUUACAUCUGCUGUGGGCAGUUUUACUAUUUCUUGUCCUGUUAAUUGCAGAGCAGAACAUGUUUCACUGUAUAUCCCUCUGAUUCAUAGUCUUGAUUUUUUUUUUCACUUACCAAAGUUUCACUCUGUCAUCACUGAAAAGAAAGGGAAAAAAAUCAGGUUCAUUUAUGUCAAAUUGACUUCAGGCUGUCAGAAAAAUACACCCUCCAAACUACCUUGUAUUCCCCAGCUGAGCCCCGGAGAUGUCAGUGAAAUGUAGCAAAGUGCACUGCAUGGGUAGGAUAAAAGAAACCAGGAGAGAGGUUAUUUCAGUGCUAUUGCUUACUGCACAAAAGUAUUUAAGAGACUCUCCCAAGAAGCAGCCCUUUUCAUCCACCUCUUAGCAAGCAGAGAGAACAGCCCCAAUGCAGUUUCCUCCCUCCUUUCCCCUUGCACGCUCACUUGUGAGGGCAGCAGUGACACAACCAACCUGCUUUAAGAAAAUCCCAGUUACUAGCUGCUCUCCAGGUCCAGACAGACCAGGGGAGGGCCAUCACUAAGACCUGCUAUUUACUUAGCACAGGAAAACAUGGCGGCUUGACAUCUUUCAUCAUUGCUCGAGAAACCUCUGGUAUCCCAGGAUCUCAAGCAAUAACCAAGCAGCAUCCGUGGUAUCAGGCAGCAGCAGUUCUACAAAAGCAUUGUUUUCAGAGCACUGUGUUUUACUUUUCCACUCACUUUCCUGCCGGGCAGGCCCCACGCUGGCAGCGGGUGUCACCACCUUCCCCAGGGCAGCCAGGGCACGGGCUCCAACCCCACCCUGGGGCUACACCUUUCUCCCUCCCUGCGCUGGCUCCAGCCCAGUGGGAUCAGAUUUUCCUUUGUUUAAGUUCAUUUUUCUUCACCGCAGAGCUUUUCCAAGCACGCGUGUGUGUGUUAUUUAUUGAGUUUCUCUGAACUUUUCCUCUCGCUUUCCCUCCUGUCAAGGUCCGGAGGCUGUACAAAGCCUGAAAGUAAAUAGAAAAUGCCAUGCUUGGGUUUUUUAGGUCACUGUAAACGACAUGCUUAGCUGCUUCCAGAAUGCAUAAGCCAUGGGAUGUCGUCUCGGGUAAACAGGGGAGGAUGAGGACAGAAAAGGUGUUUCUGGCUGUAGGUACGAAUAAAUCAGGGUCAUGCAGAGGAAGUGUAUUUAUGUAUUCGAAGAGCUUUUUUUUUUUAUCUCAGAGCCCUCUUCCCUUUCCCUCAAACCAUCCAUGUUCUUCUGUUAACAAGGAUCUUUUUAUAUCGCUGGGUUUUCACAUUCUGCCAAGCAGCCUAUCAUAAGAAAGCCCAAAUCUACUAAAUAGUAAAAUGAGGGAUUAUUUCCACUCAUCUGUUGACAGACAUUUCUCCAAAUUGGAUCAAAUGAUUAAAGGUAUUAGAAUGACGUCGUGCAGAUCCAGAUCAAAUCAUUUGAAACCUUGAGACUGUUUCUCCUUUGCUUGGAAGGAACCACCAGAAAUAGUUGUAGGCGCUAAUUGCCCAUUAUUCUUACUAAUGAGAAAUUGUUAAUUUGGAUCUUUGAGUAUUUGCUUGCUUGAACCCACGCACGGGGAGCUCAAGAUGGAGGGGCCGUGCAGCAUCUCGCUUCAGGCUGUGCCGGUCGGAGCCUUUCUAAACGCCUGAAUGGUUCUUCCUCGAAUCACUUACACGGAGAAGAGGGGUUCAGGCUGCGAAACCUUUCAACACCACACGUAUUGUGAAGAUGGCACUGCUGAAAGUCAAAUUCAACCAGAAGAAACGGGUAAAACUAGCCCAGGGACUAUGGCUCAUGAACUGGUUUUCAGUGUUUGCUGGAAUCAUUGUUUUUAGCAUGGGGUUGUUCCUCAAAAUUGAGCUCCGGAAGCGAAGCGAAGUGAUGGACAAUUCUGAAAGCCAUUUUGUGCCCAAUUCUUUGAUAUUGAUGGGUAUACUAUCCUGCGCCUUCAAUGGUUUUGCUGGCAAAAUUUGUUACGACUCUCUGGAUCCCACUAAAUUUGCCAAGUGGAAACCUUUGCUGAAACCUUACUUGGCACUAUGUUUCCUCUUCAACAUACUCAUUUUCUUCGUCGCUCUGAUUUGCUUUCUCAUGCGGGGCUCUCUGGAGAGCACGCUGGCUCAGGGGCUGAAGAACGGCAUGAAGUUCUACCGGGACACAGACACCCCCGGAAGAUGCUUCAUGAAGAAGACAAUCGACAUGCUCCAAAUUGAGUUCAAAUGCUGUGGAAACAAUGGCUUCAAAGAUUGGUUUGAAAUUCAGUGGAUCAGCAACAGAUACCUGGACUUCAGCUCCAAGGAAGUGAAAGAUCGAAUCAAAAGCAACGUGGAUGGACGGUACCUGGUUGAUGGCGUCCCCUUCAGCUGCUGCAACCCCAGCUCCCCAAGGCCCUGCAUCCAGUACCAGGUCACCAACAACUCGGCUCACUACAGCUAUGACUACCAGACGGAGGAGCUCAACCUCUGGGGCCGCGGCUGCCGGGAAGCCCUCCUGCACUACUACAGCAGCAUGAUGAGCUCCAUGGGUGCUGUCGUCCUCCUCGUCUGGCUUUUCGAGACAUCAGUGAUGGUUGGCUUGCGUCUUUUGCACACCUCUCUGGAAAGUAUCCCAAAUCCUGAAGACCCCGAGUGUGAAAGUGAAGGGUGGAUUCUAGAGAACAGCCUGAAGGACACUCUGAAAUCUGCAUUGGAGAGCUUGAAAAAGAUCGGUAAGUUCAAUCAGGUGGAAGCAGGCGCUGAAGGGGCUGAAGGAGAAGAAGCUGGGAAGACUCCAGCCAUCACAACGGUCAGUUGAGCUCCUAAAUGACAUGGACUUUCAUAAAAGAGGAAUGAAAAAAACUGAGGACUGUGAAUACCUACUUUUUAAAAGCUGUGUAUCAACCAUCAGAAUACACAUUGCUACACAUGCUUUUUUUAUAUAUAUUA